CCCUUCACUUGAGUCCCUCUUCCGCUGUCAUGGAUUAUAACUGUAUGGAUAUAGAUGCCGACUACAGCGGUCAAGCGCCCACCUGGGAUACCCCCGAAUCCCUCUAUCCCCUUCCUUUCUCCUCCGAGCAGUCAUCGUAUCCUCGUCCCAACCUUGAAGGGUCAGCAUUCGCAGCUCCAUGGCCUGUUUCUUCUGCUGCAGAUAACCAUUCAUCCGGCCCAAUCAAUCCUUCGAUCUAUAAUCUUCGCCAAGCAGAAAGUAUCUUCUCGUUCGGCCCUUCCUGGGGUACACCAGCGACUUCGGUCUGCGAGGAGGAUUUUGUGUCUCAGAUUUCUCAAGAUAUUCAAGACAAGGUUGACUCGCUUGAGCGCGAUGAGCUUCAUCGGCUCCGAAAUGUUCUCCAGAGGGGUCUUACCGUAGUCGACUCUCUAUUACUGCGGACGACGCCCACAGAAGCCACCGAUAGACAGAGAUAUGCGUCCAGAAACGUCGAAUAUCGGUGCGUCUUCUGUCGGUCUAACCACACAUACAGAAGUCGCGGCACCCUUAAACGCCAUGCUAUCACAGAACAUUUUUCGGACGUCACUUAUGUCUGUCCUGUUCAAGGCUGUUCAAUGGAGACCCGGCGAAGAGACAAAUUUAAUGAGCAUCAGCGGAGAAUGCACCCCUCGUUGCAACUCAACCUGCAAGAAGCAACAAUCCGGCACCAAGUUCCCAGCAGUUGUCCCGUAUGCGAACACACAAUAACCUCGUGGGAUGAACUAUGGAAAUGCUUCGUCGACCAUUCAGAAAUACCUUUGAAUAACUCCCCGCUGCGGAGCCUAAGCACGCAUGUCCGACAACCUACAAGCUACAGCUAUGCCCCUAGAGCUCAGAUUACGCCUACACCAAUAUCCCAGCGUGCACAACAUGAACAGCCAGGAAAUGCAGAACCGGAGAGCCGAGCGCUUUUGUCAGAUGGCUCAGAAAAAUCUUUGGAGCCAGGGGCGGGCAUCACAGACUACAAGGUCUUGGCACCAUCAAAUCCUUGUCCUAUGGAGCAAGACAUGCACACACCAAAGAACAAGAUUGGCCCUCUUUCACCAAAUUCGUCAUCACCAAAGUCACUAUCAGCAGACACCGGUAUCACGACGCCGGAAGCCGCAGAAGAUCAAUCUAUAGACUCGCUCGUUCUGCGAGCUGAUUGCCUCGAUUUCAUCCUCAACCCAGCAGCACACAACGAGGCGCUUUGUGCGCUCGAGGCUGAAACGGCACGACUCUGUGGCCUUUAUAGGUCUAACAUCUGGCCAGACGUACAGUCAGGUUUAUCGAUUCGGACUAUACCUAUAGAAGAAUGCGUCGAAUUACUCAAAGGAUGUCAGGCAGCUUUCUGCCAUCUGCGUGACGAAGGCUUUUGUGGGAGACUACUCACAUUGUUCAUAGAACCCCCUUUUGGAGCAGAUACUGCGAAAGCAGUCCACAUCACAUUGGAGGAUAUAGAAACCUUGGUCAUGCGACUUUCAGCCAACAAGGAGCGGAAACUGGAUCCCUCAAGUCUUGAGAUAGCCAAUAAGUUAACGAAAAAGCUCCGACCCCUAAGCAGUUUGCUUUUGGACAAUAGUGACCCAUCCCCAUACCUCAGCUUCCUGUAUCGAGCGCUAUCUCUCAGCAUCGUUUCCUUCGCUGGCUCGCAUGCAAGCGCGUUUGAUGUCAUCAGCUGGAAUUUAGAAAAGAACAUUAUUCCUGUGGGGCUUGGGUAUAGCUUUGCUCGACGGCGGUUAGCAUGCCUGAGCAAAUUUGUGGGUGGGCCUGUGUGGACACUUGGGAAAGACUCACGCACACAGGAUGAUCUUGGACUUGCCCUUUCGAUGAACCUUCAAGAUCUCCAGCAACUUUGGGGUCCGGUAUGGAUGGUCGGAGGAACCGAGGAAGCAGCUCCAAUCAUUCGAACAGAAAGAGGGUACAUCACUCCUCGCCUAGCGUCCAACCCCACAAACUAUACUUCAGGCGAUGUUGUAUGCCACUGGUCGAAAGACCUUCCAGAGCCCUACUUACCCGGUCAACUUGCUCAAAGUCACAUAUUGAUCCAUAAAUCAUCGCGGUUGUUGGUUGGGGCCAACGAUGGCGCCAAAAGUCUGGAGCUCAUAGUCAACAAGGAAUGCAAAGCCGAUGUCAAUAUGAUACAACAGCAGGUUGUCUCUGAGCUCAAGUUUCCCGGUACCUGCAAGGCCUAUUAUAUUGGGGACGGGUACGAAGUCAGUCUUAGUGGAGGAUAUCAAGUCAAUGCAGGAUUCGUCAAGAGGUGGAAACGGAUGCCUGCACGGACAUAUAGGUCUACGCUCCUUGCGUACUGUACGAGUCCGGGUGCUGAGAUUCUGCCAAUUCUGAAGCUCGAUGUUGGGCUGGAAGUGAGCAUAUGUACCGGUAAUAGCAGGCGUGUUAGUCUUUGGGACGCUAUUCAACUCUCACAGGCGAAACAGGAAGGGGUAGGAUGCGAGUACAAGCAGGUGCUCUGCUGCCACCCUGUUGGGAGCAUAGAGUGCAUAAGCAACUGCUGGAAUUGGGCUGCCCGUGGGGAGAUUGACAGGACCUUGGACUUACCAGGAGACCACGAGGACUUCAAUCGUGCCAGCGCUCGGCGCAAAUUGAUCAAUGCCAUCCUUGCGCUUGAACACACUGGCAUCAAUCACCAAGGACAGCUGCAGGCUUUAUGGCCAUUUUCCGGAUGCCCCCAGGUUCUUCACAUACCUUCUAGCACCAAGAGACAGAAGCACAGCUGGAUAAGUCUCGUCAAGGACACAACCGACUCUUCAACUUUUGCAGUUCUGAGUCAGCGAUGUCUUGAGUUGAGAUAUCCCCCUUCGAAUUCUUUUGCACUCGAGUCUUCCCAUGCCCAUCUGACGCAGCAGAGUUCAAGCACGCCAAGUAUCUAA